GGAGGGUUUAAUAAGUAUGGUAUGGAAAUGUGAGAAGACCUAAGCUAAAAGAAAACAAACAUUUGAAUUACAUUAAUACUGAACAUAAUAUUUGAAAAUUGAUAGAAUUCAAAAAGAACUGAAAAUUUCUAAAUAUUUUUUUAAUAGUGUAUGUAUGGAUAACUGAAUUGCAGGAAAGCACAAGCAUAGAAAUGGAAGUCAGCGUCAACAGGACUGAUGUUAUUACUGAGAUACAUCCCUGCUAUAAAAUAGAUGUAUCUUACGUACUGACAAGCAACCCUUCCACAAUAUGUGUAUUGUUUCACAUUUUCCUUGGUUCAUUAUCUGCUGUAACUGUGUGUGGAAACCUUCUUGUAAUAAUUUCCAUCAUUUACUUCAAACAGCUCCACACUCCUACUAACUCUCUCAUUCUCUCUCUGGCUGUGGCUGACCUGCUUGUUGGUGUUUUAGUCUUUCCUCUCACCAUGGAAUUCUCUAUAAGCUCAUGUCUGUAUUAUGAUGAUUUAUUUUGCAAAGUACGGGGCAGCUUUGAUGUAUCACUGUGCACAUCUUCUAUUCUAAACUUGUGCUGUAUUUCUGUUGACAGAUAUUAUGCAGUGUGUCAGCCUCUGGCAUAUAGAACUAAAAUAAAUUAUCGUGUUGUCUUCGUCAUGAUACUGGUAAGCUGGGGGGUUUCUGUCCUAAUUGGAAUUAGCUUAAUCUUUGCAGGAAUAAACCAAGAAAAAUGUGCUGCAACAUGUUUAAUUGAUGUUGUAAUGACAAACAUUUUGGGACUUAUUUUCUCAUUUUACCUCCCAGUGAUUGUAAUGCUCUGUAUCUACCUGAAGAUUUUCCUUGUUGCACAGAGACAGGCACGCAGCAUCCAGAACACAACCUGUCAGAGCACAAAGUCUAGAGCAACUGUGAGUAAGAUGGAGAGAAAGGCCACCAAAACGCUGGCUAUUGUUAUGGGAGUUUUUUUGAUGUGUUGGUUUCCUUUCUUUCUUUGUACCACCGUUCUUUCUUUCAGUCAUGUUUAUGUGCCACUUCCAUUGAUUGAAUUGCUUAACUGGCUUGCACUGUCAAAUUCAAUGCUCAAUCCAUUUAUAUAUGCUUUCUUUUACAGCUGGUUCAGAUCAGCUUUCAGAAUGAUAAUUUCUGGAAAAAUAAUUCAAGGUGAUUUCACUAACUCAAAACUGCUCUGAUUUACGGUUUGGUGUGCUGAAAUGCUCUGUAGAUGUGUCUAUGAUGAUAACGAAUGGCACAUUCACACACACAUACAGACACACACAAAUUUGUAUAAACAGUAUACACAUAACUAUACACUGUACUCUGCCUGAGAUAAAAUAUUAAAACUACAUGUUGAAAAACCCUUUGAAAGCCACAUGUGAAGGUCUUAUAAGAUUUUUUGUCAACUUUUAAACAAUAAUAAAAACAAAAAUGUGAA